UGUCAAACUUCCGUUGAUUCCUGCUUAGUCACACGUUGUGCGACCAGAAAUAUGUUAAUUGGUCGUUCGAGUGUAAAUUUCACUUUCGUGGCGUUUCAAACUUUCUCGUUCAGAACGUAGGCCUAGGAAGAUGAAUUUCGCGAACAUACAUGUUUGGAUCGUGCUUGCAAUUGAUUUGUUACUGCCGAGGACUGGUAAGUGAAAUGGAAUUGAAAAUAAUCCUUGACUUCACGAGUUUUGUUGAUGUACGUACUUACAUGAUCAAAUCUAAUAUCUUGCCCAUCCAACGUUUUAAAUUUCCAAAUUUAUCACCAAAAUGACUUGCUUUUAUAAAAGAUGAUUGGUAAAUAAUGUUUUGAUGGUUUUUAAGGAAGAAUUAUCUCGCUGUUAAUCUAAACACACUUCACUCUAGACAACAAUGGUCGAUGGGAUUGAAAAGGAAGUAGAGGCUUUUCCAUUAUGGAAAUAGAUCCAUGUAUUUUGAUCCGUUGUAACAUGUUUGCUUUAAGUUCGACUUUCUCGAAUUUGGAACUGUGAACAGCUUUCAUUUAGCUGUCGCUACGGAGCUGUACGUUUCAUGUACAUCGCGACAGUUUGCUUUAUUGUUAUAAAAACGUCGUGUAACGAUCCUUGUCAAAGAUGGCGUGACCUAUUUGCCAUCGAGCAAAUGUGACAUAAAAAUUUAAUCUAUUUCAAUUGCGAAUUUUUACGAUGAAAAUGACUUACAUACGCAGAUAUUAUUGAUAUACCGCAUUUUGACUGCUAGGAAAGAAGACUUUUCACGCAGUUUACCUUAACACAAUGCAAGCUGUACAACGAUUGUCGAUUGGAAUGAAAAAGAAACACAUGCAUUAUUGAUCAAAUUCAAAGUGUCAUCCAGUAAGCUCUACCAGCUUUCAAUUAGCUGUCGUUAUGAAGCGGGCGUCCUGAAAAACUGGAUCGGACGGAUCGGAUCACGGACCGGAAGGCGGAUCGGAUCACGGAUAAAAUUAGAAAUAUUGCGUGUUAAGCCAAAAUAAAACCUGCGUGACAUAAUCGAGCGCAGGUCCCACCAGAAGUGGGGGAGAGUUUUCAAAAUUUAAACCAUCAAAUCAUUUACAAAGUCAUGAACGGUUAAAAAAAAGGGAGUGUGAAAAAAAUUAAGAUUAUUUCAAUGAAAAGUAGAGAUGUGCGUAAAAAGCCAAAACAGUCUGCGUGACAUAAUGGAGCGCAGGCCCAUUUUAUUGUUUUGUUAUUGUUGUUGUUGUUGUUGUUGUUUUUUGCCCCAAAACUCCAUGUAGUCCUUUCACCGCUCUGUCGAGGAGUGUUGUGAAGUGCUGCCAUGGACGGAGGGCGAGAGAGAUCGAGGUACGUUUUAUUCUUCAAUCAGCGUGGGGGCAUUGAGGCUUUCGGUUUGACGAUUUUGGCUAUUUUAAAUAUCCGAUUUUCGGUUUUUGUGCCAAAAAAACUAUGGUCUUUCGGUUUUCUUGUUCAUUUCGGUUUACGGAUAUUACGCGAUUUAGCAUUUGGUUUUCGGUUUUCGUCAAAAAUACAUACGGGUUCUCGGAAUUUUUUCGAUUUGCCUUCGAUCUGAGCGGCAAUUAAGCCCCAUCGCUGGUCUCAAAAAAUCGCGAAACGCAGAUGUUAGUGAGAGGAAUGCGUAACAAACCAGCACUAAAUGAAUUGAAAUAACCUCUAGUUGGUGAAAUUUCGUUGCGAUUCUUGGGAGGCCACGCAUCUUAGCACUCAGGUCGAUCAGUUUGCGAACUAUGACUUACAACGAGCCUCACCGAAAAACGGAAAAAGCUCAAGGAGAAGAAGCAACUGAGAACUAUUUCGUGCUUUUCUUAACUGACUGAGGAAAUGAUACGUGAUGGUGAAGCCUGCGCCCCAUUAUGUCACGCAGACUUAAUUUUGACUUGUCGCGUAAAAAAAUUCAAAUUUCAAAUAACAUGAUUCGAUCCGUGACCCAAUCCGUGAUCCGAUCCUUGAUCCGGUCCGUGAUCUGAUCCGGUCCGAUCCGGUCCGAUCCGGUCCGAUCCGGUCCGAUCCGGUCCGAUCCGGUCCGAUCCGGUCCGAUCCAGAUUUUGUCGAAACCGCUCUGAAGCCGUAUGUUUCAUGCUCCUCACGACAGCUUGGUUAACGUGGGUUAAGAAUAUUGAGUAACGAUCGCUCAUAUUCCUGGCGUGACAAAAUGACGUCAUGCAGAAAGCAGUGUGUAACUUAACAGUGGGAUGAUACCAUUGUUUCAAGUUUUGGAUGUAAAGCAUGAGGGUUUGAUGGAUAAAUUUGCAGUUUUGGUUUUCAUCAUAAUCAUCAUCGCGAUAUUUACUUUUUCGACAAAUAGUAAGUAAAUAAAAAAGAUUUGAAGAAGUAUCGAAUAGUAUUGUACAUUUAAUUGUGAUCGCCUUCUUUGCUAGCGGACGUUUAUCUGAUGUGGUUGUCUCAUACCCAGAAUUUCCAAGGCCAGGCAGUUCUAAAACCCCACUUUUCAGUUAUGCGGUAGGAUGUGGGUAUGAGACUACUGGCUUGUGUAUGGAGUGAGUUUGUGCUAUCGCCGCGAUUCUUCUGCUAUUCCCACUAAAUCUAAACAACUAAGGUCUUCUUCAGACUGGUGGUCUUUUUCGAAUCCGUAAGUCUUUCUUACGACCACAAAUGAAUAACGAAUAAAAAAAUGAAUAUAAACAUGGAUAAAUGAAUAGGUAAUUAUCUAUUCAUGAUUAAUGCACGAGUGAUGAUGGUGAUCACCCUCCACCAAGUCACGUGUUCGGUUGUAAUCCAUGGAUCAGAAAGUUCAAUCCGUAAUCCAUGCUCACACACUCCCCUCUACCCCCCUCCUGUUGUUGAUUAUCGAUAGAGGUUAAAACAACAUCUUUGCAAUUUGUCUUGUUUUUUUGUUUCUUAGUAGAUGGAGAGAGGCUUUGUUCGUGUUACAGCUUUAAUAACCAAUCACUUAGUACGGCGUGGCCACAAGCAAAUGGCAUCUGUAUAAAACACAACAAAAGCCUUGUGGUGAUGGAAACAGAGCAGGAAUGGGAAUUUAUCAAAAAUGCCAUUCAAAACCGAGUAGGCAGUAAACAUGGCGAGUGGUUCAUUGGUUUAGAACUCAAUGUAACAACAGGGAAUUGGACUUGGAUCAAUAGCAAACCGCUGACUAUUGACAAAUGGGAGAAUUCAAGUCCUGAACCAAAUGACUUAUACGGGAUGAUUCAUGAGGAAUUUCCUGCUGGAAUAAAAGGAUCUUUUAGCACCAUUCAAGGCACUGAACAAAGAGGAUGGAUUUGCGAGAAAGAAUCAGGUAUUGAUCAGGAUCAGAUAAAGGAAACGAUUUUAGCUUUAUCAAAAAUUAUUGUCAUGCAUUAAUCUGAAUUAGCCUCAGGCUGCUUUUGCCUUCCCUUUCCCACCCCUUAUCUUUCCCUUUCCCACCCCUUAUCUUUCCUUUCCCACCCCUUAUCCUUCCCUUUCCCACCCCUUAUCUUUCCCUUUCCCACACCUUAUCUUUUCUUUUCCCACCCCUUAUCUUUCCUUUCCAACCCCUUAUCUUUUCUUUUCCCACCCCAUAUCUUUCCUUUUAUCACCCCCUAUCUUUCCCUUUCCCACCCCUUAUCUUUCCCUUUCCCACCCCUUAUCUUUCCCUUUCCCACCCCUUAUCUUUCCCUUUCCCACCCCUUAUCUUUCCCUUUCCCACCCCUUAUCUUUCCCUUUCCCACCCCUUAUCUUUCCCUUUCCCACCCCUUAUCUUUUCCUUUCCCACCCCUUAUCUUUCCCUUUCCCACCCCUUAUCUUUCCCUUUCCCACCCCUUAUCUUUCCCUUUCCCACCCCUUAUCUUUCCCUUUCCCACCCCUUAUCUUUCCCUUUCCCACCCCUUAUCUUUUCUUUUCCCACCCCUUAUCUUUUCCUUUCCCACCCCUUAUCUUUCCCUUUCCCACCCCUUAUCUUUCCCUUUCCCACCCCUUAUCUUUCCCUUUCCCACCCCUUAUCUUUUCUUUUCCCACCCCCUCAAGGGGUGGGAAAGGAAAGAUAAGGGGUGGGAAAGGGAAAGAUAAGGGGUGGGAAAGGGAAGGCAAAAGCAUAAGGAUUUUUAUCUUUUCCUUUCCCACCCCUUAUUUUUCCCUUUCCCACCCCUUAUCUUUUCUUUUCCAACCUUACCUUUUCCGGAAUCCGCCCCUUACGACCACCUCAUACUGAAGGCAUAUCAUCUACUAGGGAAAAGUUCCCGUAAUACCAGCCCCUUUAAAAAAGUUUUAUAGAAUAUAAGUAAAUAAUAUUAUAAUAAAUGAUAUUAUAAGAAUAUAUAAGAGAACCUCUUAGAAAUGUAUGAAUUCAUGGCUAUGGGUAAGCCUAAAAAUAAUACAUUCUCACCCAAUCGCAAUACCACUCCACAAAUGUCUUGCUAGUGACAGUGUCGAUUGUCAUGUUCCUCUAACAGACAAUUGUCAAGGAGACUGUUUCUCACAUCCUGUUUCGAGAAGCACCAGUCCUCCUGGAACAAAAGCUUUUACCACAAAAGUCAAGACGUCAACAGAACAGGAUGUCACUGAUGUAACAGAUUAA